ACUGACCAUUCUCCUGAACUCGACCGCCUAGCCCCAGGAAGCUAGCCUGAGUCCCUCAUCCCUUCAGUGUCUCCCAAAGCUUCCAGUUUCUGUGUCUGUGCAACCAUGAGCUGAAGCGACUGAGCUCCGAUCUGCACCUGUCACCCCUUCCAAGGGACCCUCAUCAGCCACCCCCGGUCUCCAGCCAGCUGCUUCUCUGCAUCCCUCAAGGUCCCCACCUUCUUCUAUGACCACAGGUAAGCAAUUGCAGAGAGACAGAACUUUCCAGAAGCCAGCUCCUGGUAGUCCAAGGGAAACCAGACCCUCUGAAGCCAUGGCCUCCUCCCAUCGUGCUCUCCAGUUCUGGAUACAUCUUUAUCUUCUGAUGCCAGCAGUGUUGGCCCAGCAAGGCUCACACAUCCAUGCUGAGGACCGCCUGUUCAAACACCUGUUUGGAGGCUAUAAUCGCUGGGCACGGCCAGUGCCCAACACUUCCGAUGUGGUCAUCGUGCGCUUUGGACUAUCCAUUGCCCAGCUCAUAGAUGUGGAUGAGAAGAAUCAAAUGAUGACCACAAAUGUCUGGCUAAAGCAGGAAUGGAAUGACUACAAGCUGCGCUGGGACCCCGCUGAGUUUGGCAACAUCACCUCCCUCCGCGUCCCCUCAGAGAUGAUCUGGAUCCCAGACAUUGUUCUCUACAACAAUGCAGAUGGGGAGUUUGCGGUGACCCACAUGACCAAGGCUCACCUCUUCUUCACGGGCACUGUGCACUGGAUGCCCCCAGCCAUCUACAAGAGCUCCUGCAGCAUCGAUGUGACCUUCUUUCCCUUCGACCAGCAGAACUGCAAGAUGAAGUUUGGCUCCUGGACAUACGACAAGGCCAAGAUCGACUUGGAGCAGAUGGAACGGACGGUAGACCUGAAAGACUACUGGGAGAGCGGCGAGUGGGCCAUCAUCAACGCCACUGGAACCUAUAACAGCAAGAAGUACGACUGCUGCGCGGAGAUCUACCCUGACGUCACCUACUACUUCGUUAUCCGCAGGCUGCCGCUCUUCUACACCAUCAACCUCAUCAUCCCGUGCCUGCUCAUCUCCUGCCUCACCGUGCUCGUGUUCUACCUGCCCUCCGAGUGUGGAGAGAAGAUCACGCUGUGCAUCUCAGUGCUGCUCUCUCUCACCGUCUUCCUGCUGCUCAUCACGGAGAUCAUCCCGUCCACCUCGCUGGUCAUCCCACUCAUCGGCGAGUACCUGCUCUUCACCAUGAUCUUCGUCACCCUCUCUAUUGUCAUCACAGUCUUCGUGCUCAAUGUGCACCACCGCUCCCCCAGCACCCACAACAUGCCCAACUGGGUGAGGGUGGCCCUGCUAGGCCGGGUGCCCCGGUGGCUGAUGAUGAACCGGCCCCUGCCACCUACGGAGCUCCAUGGCUCCCCAGGUCUGAAGCUCAGCCCCACUUAUCAUUGGCUGGAGACCAACAUGGAUGCUGAAGAAAGGGAGGAGACGGAGGAAGAGGAGGAAGAAGAAGAAGAAAACAUAUGUAUGUGUGCAGGCCUCUCAGACUCUUCCAUGGGUGUUCUCUAUGGCCACGGCAGCCUGCAUCUGAGGACCAUGGGGCCUGAGGUCAAGGCUCCAUCCCAGGCUAGUGAGAUCCUGCUGUCACCUCAGAUACAGAAAGCACUAGAAGGUGUGCACUACAUUGCUGACCACCUGAGGUCUGAGGAUGCUGACUCUUCGGUGAAGGAAGAUUGGAAGUAUGUGGCCAUGGUGGUAGACCGGAUAUUCCUCUGGCUGUUCAUUAUUGUCUGCUUCCUGGGGACCAUCGGGCUCUUCCUCCCUCCAUUCCUGGCUGGAAUGAUCUGACUUCAUGUCCCUCAUGUUGGCUCCUACGUGGCCUGGACUUCUGUUCUUCUGUGACUGAAGCUAUCUCUAGAAUAUUCUUUUGAC